CCUGGCUCAGCCCUUCCGCGCCUCGCCGUGUCCCCGCGCUGCCCGAAGCUUCUUCCCCCGCAGGCCGGCGGAGGCGCGAGGACCCGGACUCGAACCCGAAGCCGGACCCAGACCCGGACCCGGACGUGGCCAUGACCGUGGAGCAGAACGUGCUGCAGCAGAGCGCGGCGCAGAAGCAUCAACAGACAUUUCUGAAUCAACUAAGAGAAAUCACUGGGAUUAAUGAUACCCAAAUACUGCAACAAGCCCUAAAGGAUAGUAAUGGAAACUUGGAAUUAGCUGUGGCUUUCCUUACUGCAAAAAAUGCUAAGACCCCUCAGCAGGAGGAGACGACUUACUACCAAACAGCACUUCCUGGCAAUGAUAGAUACAUCAGUGUGGGAAGCCAAGCAGACACAAAUGUGAUUGAUCUCACUGGAGAUGAUAAAGAUGAUCUUCAGAGAGCAAUUGCCUUGAGUUUGGCGGAAUCAAAUAGGACGUUCAGGGAGACUGGAAUAACUGAUGAGGAACAAGCCAUUAGCAGAGUUCUUGAAGCCAGCAUAGCUGAAAACAAAGCAUGUUUGAAGAGGACGCCUAUGGAGGUUUGGAGAGAUUCUAGAAACCCUUAUGAUAGAAAAAGACAGGACAAAGCUCCCGUUGGACUAAAGAAUGUUGGAAAUACUUGCUGGUUUAGUGCUGUAAUUCAGUCACUAUUCAAUCUUUUGGAAUUUAGAAGAUUAGUUCUGAAUUACAAGCCUCCAUCAAAUGCUCAAGAUUUACCCCGAAACCAAAAGGAACAUCGAAAUUUACCUUUUAUGCGUGAAUUGCGGUAUCUAUUUGCACUGCUUGUCGGCACUAAAAGGAAAUAUGUUGAUCCAUCAAGAGCAGUUGAAAUUCUUAAAGAUGCUUUCAAAUCAAAUGAUUCCCAGCAGCAAGAUGUCAGUGAAUUUACACAUAAACUUCUAGAUUGGUUAGAAGAUGCCUUCCAAAUGAAAACUGAUGAGGAGACGGAUGAAGAGAAGCCAAAGAACCCCAUGGUAGAAUUAUUUUAUGGAAGAUUCCUAGCUGUGGGAGUACUCGAAGGUAAAAAAUUUGAAAAUACUGAAAUGUUUGGUCAGUACCCUCUUCAGGUCAACGGAUUCAAAGACCUGCACGAGUGCCUAGAAGCUGCUAUGAUUGAAGGAGAAAUUGAGUCUUUACAUUCAGAAAAUUCAGGAAAAUCAGGCCAGGAGCAUUGGUUUACUGAGCUACCACCUGUGUUAACAUUUGAAUUAUCAAGAUUUGAAUUUAAUCAGGCACUGGGAAGACCAGAAAAGAUUCACAACAAAUUAGAAUUUCCCCAAGUUUUAUAUCUGGACAGAUACAUGCACAGAAACAGAGAAAUUACAAGAAUUAAGAGGGAAGAGAUCAAGAGACUUAAAGAUUACCUCACAGUAUUACAGCAACGACUAGAAAGGUAUUUAAGCUAUGGUUCGGGUCCUAAACGAUUCCCCUUGGUAGAUGUUCUACAAUAUGCUUUGGAGUUUGCCUCAAGUAAGCCCGUUUGCACUUCUCCUGUUGAUGAUCUCGAUGCUAGUUCCCCACCUAGUGGUUCCAUAUCAUCACAGACUUUACCAAGCACAACAGAAUUGCAGGGAGCUGCCGCAUCAGAAUUGCCAAGCACAUCGCCUGCGUCAGUCUCUGCUGCUCCAUCGAGAUCAGUAAUACACAAACCAUUCACUCAGUCUCGGGUACCGCCAGAUUUGCCCAUGCACCCAGCACCAAGACACAUAACAGAAGAAGAACUCUCUGUGCUGGAAAACUGUUUACAUCGCUGGCGGACAGAAAUAGAAAAUGACACCAGAGACUUGCAAGAAAGCAUAUCCAGAAUACAUCGGACAAUUGAACUAAUGUACUCUGACAAAUCUAUGAUCCAGGUUCCUUAUCGCUUACAUGCUGUUUUAGUUCACGAAGGUCAAGCUAAUGCUGGCCACUACUGGGCAUAUAUUUUUGACCAUCAUGAAAACAGGUGGAUGAAGUACAAUGAUAUUUCUGUGACAAAAUCAUCAUGGGAAGAACUAGUAAGGGACUCUUUUGGUGGUUAUCGAAAUGCCAGUGCAUACUGUUUAAUGUACAUUAACGAUAAGGCACAAUUAUUAAUACAAGAGGAGUUUAAUAAAGAAACUGGGCAGGCCCUUGUUGGAAUAGAAACAUUACCACCUGAUCUAAGAGAUUUUGUUGAAGAAGACAACAAGAGAUUUGAAAAAGAACUGGAGGAAUGGGACGCUCAACUUGCUCAGAGAACCUUGCAGGAAAAACUUUUAGCAUCCCAGAAACUGAAAGAUUCAGAAUCUUCUGUAACAGCACAAGCAGGAGAACCAGAAUAUCUAGAGCAACCAUCAAGAAGUGAUUUCUCAAAACACUUGAAAGAAGAAACUGUCCGGGUAAUUGCCAAGGCAUCACAUGAGCAUGAAGAUAAAAGUCCUGAGACAGUUUUACAGUCGAAACCUGAAAAUACCACAAGCCAACCACCUUUUAACCAGCAAGUUGUGGAGGUGGCGAUUCCUCAUGUAGGGAAACUUAUGAUUGAGUCAAAGGAGGGGGGUUAUGAUGACGAGAUCAUGAUGACACCGAACAUGCAAGGUAUUAUCAUGGCGAUAGGUAAAUCCAGGAAUGUAUAUGACAGGUGUGGCCCUGAAGCAGGGUUCUUUAAGGCAAUUAAGAUGGAGUACUCAAGGUUGGUUAAAUUGGCCCAAGAAGAUACCCCACCAGAAACAGAUUAUCGUUUACAUCACGUAGUGGUCUACUUUAUCCAGAACCAGGCACCAAAGAAAAUAAUUGAGAAGACAUUACUAGAACAAUUUGGAGAUAGAAAUUUGAGUUUUGAUGAAAGGUGUCACAACAUAAUGAAAGUUGCUCAAGCCAAACUUGAAAUGAUCAAACCUGAAGAAGUAAACUUGGAGGAAUAUGAGGGGUGGCAUCAGGAUUAUAAAAAAUUCAGAGACACAACUAUGUAUCUAAUAAUCGGGCUGGAAAAUUUUCAAAGAGAAAGUUAUAUAGAUUCCUUGGUGUUCCUUAUUUGUGCUUAUCAAAGUAACAAAGAACUCUUAUCCAAAGGCCUAUACAGAGGACAUGAUGAAGAAUUGAUAUCACAUUAUAGAAGAGAAUGUUUAUUAAAAUUAAAUGAUCGAGCUGCAGAAUUAUUUGAAUCUGGAGAGGAUCAAGAAGUUAACAAUGGCCUGAUGAUCAUGAAUGAGUUUAUUGUACCAUUUUUGCCCUUAUUACUGAUGGAUGAAAUGGAAGAGAAAGAUAUACUUGCUGUAGAAGAUAUGAGAAAUCGAUGGUGUUCUUACUUAGGGCAAGAAAUGGAAGCUCAUCUCCAAGAAAAGUUGACAGACUUUCUACCAAAACUGCUUGACUGUUCUACGGAGAUUAAAGGCUUCCACGAGCCACCCAAGUUACCUUCCUAUUCCACACAUGAACUCUGCGAGCGAUUUGCUCGAAUCAUGUUGUCCCUCAGUCGAACUCCUGCUGAUGGAAGAUAAACCGCACACACUUUACCUAAACACACUGUAUAAACCUUUUUUUAGUUCUUAACCCUUGCCUUUCUGUCACAGGGUUUGCUUGUUGCUGCUAUAGUUUUUAACUUUUUUUUAUUUUAAUAACUGCAAAAGACAAAAAUGACUAUACAGACUUUAGCCAGACUACAAACAAUAAAGCUGAGAAUCGCAUGGCGCUCAGACUUUGUUUUAAACCACAACAGAUGUAUAAUUAAGGAUAUGAUUGAUUUUAUUAUGGCAAAAUUAUUCUUUUGCCAUCUUUCUGUUACAGUAUUACUUUGCCUUUUUUCUUUAUCUAUAGCUUUCCAUUCAGUCUGGAAUCUUCCAUGACAACAGCCAUUUAAGUGUUCAGCACUGUGUAUGAUAUAUAAUAUUUGGUAGCUUGUAAAUGAAAUUAAAGAAUAAAGUUUUAUUUAUGGCUA